CGCUAAAAACCACGUCAACCACUGCAGCAGCAGUAGCAGCAGCAGCUCUGAGCGGGGAGCAGCAGGCCUGUGAGGAGCCACAGGAAGCUCGUCAGCCACAGACUGCUCAUUCUUAAUUAUCUGCAUGGCUGCUGAUGGGAGCAGACGAGAACCGGACCUGCUCAAGAUGCGCCAGAUAUCUGCAAAAGACGGACGUGCGGGGGUCGUGCGUGUCCAAGGCGGGUUCUGAGAUCAGACAGUGAAGCUGAAACAGGGUCGCUCAUCGAUGGUUGUUAGUUAAAAGACGUGCGCUGUCUGCUCUUUACGUAAUCUUUCUUUUUGCGUAAUUUUGCGCCGGGUGUUGGAUGUGCUCGUGGAGCGGGAUUAUUUUGGCCAGUAGAUCUCCGGAGCUCUCCCUCCUCCCCGCAUCCGCUGCUGUGUCUGAGAAGAGUCUCAGUUAUUCUUUGUUAUGUGUGUGUUUGCAGCAGCAUUGUAAACAAACGAGGAGCUGUUUUAAUGAAAGCCAGCGUCCCUGCAUCCCGGGUGAAGAAUUGGUGCAAUGCAACGUUUGCACAGCUCUUCCACAGAAAAAAAAAACACGCCAAGGACACUCCAGAAUAUAUGGAAAAACCCUUCAAUCAGCAAUGUGCCUGGGAAUCCUCCAGCUGCUCCUCCAUGCUUUAUUCUGAGAAUGGGAUCGUAGUGAACCUCCCUGGGAUUUAGAAACAACUGCUAGCAUGUUGCAGCCUUCCACCAGAGCAGGUGACAGCCUGUUGGAAGCGUUACCUCACUGGAGUCAGAGAUGGGCCCUGCUCCUUGCCCUCUGCUUGGCUCUGCUCUGGCUUCCAGAUGCAGCUGGAUCUGCGCUAAACUGCCACAAGACGUGCAUCUGCGCCUCCAACAUAGUGAGCUGCUCCAAGAUGAAUCUGACCACCGUCCCGACUGGUCUACCGCUCUACACCGCUGUGCUGGAUCUCAGCUACAAUGAGAUAAUACGGCUGCGAUCAGAGUGGACCCCGGUGAAGCUCCCAAACCUUCACAACCUCCUGCUCAGCCACAACGGUCUCCACUUCCUCUCCUCAGAGGCGUUCAUAUAUGUGAAGCACCUGCGCUACUUGGACCUGUCCUCAAACAACUUGCAGCAUCUGGAUGAGUUCAUCUUUGAACCUUUGGUCAACCUGGAAGUCCUCUUGUUGUACAAUAACCAGAUUUCACAGAUCGACCGCACAGCUUUUAUCACCAUGAUCAACCUGCAGAAGUUGUACCUGAGCCAGAACCAAAUCUCCCGCUUCCCUGUCGAGCUGGUGAAGGAUAAGUCACGCCUGGAGAAACUCAGCCUCCUGGACGUGUCCUCCAACAGGAUCAAGGUGUUGCCCAUCGAUGAGCUCCAGGUGCUCCCCGCCUAUUUUAAAAAUGGCCUCUACUUCCACAAUAACCCUCUGCUGUGUCACUGUGAUCUCUACACACUCCUCGCCCACUGGUACAUUCGAAAGCUCAACUCUGCCAUUGACUUCAAAGACGACUACACAUGUAUUCUGCCCGGUCCACUAAAACAACAAGUCAGCAUUUUUGAGCUCAGUGGUGAGAAUAUGAACUGCAGCACGUUCAAAGAGGAAGAUCGGGAGGCAUUUCUGGAGCAAACACUGACCCUUAACUGCGACACCAAACACAGGGGCAUGUCAAAGACCUGGACGACGCCUGGUAACGUGCCGGUCGUAUCUGGAAGCAACCAGACAGCCAAAGUCCUGAGAGACGGGAGUCUGCAGAUCAGUCCAGUCAGGUCUGAGGACUCGGGGACCUACACAUGCUUUGCCAUGAGCGAGGCCUUCAAUGAGACUAUCUAUGUGGUGCUCAAGGUUUACAACUUCACCAUGCAUGGGGGCGGAGAGACCCUGAACACAGGCUACACCACCUUGGUGGGCUGCCUGGCCAGCGUGGUGCUGGUGCUUAUGUACCUUUACUUGACGCCAUGUCGCUGUUUCUGCUGCCCCAGCAAGGGUAAGAAUCGAGGAGAGGACAGUAUCCACUCCUCAAUGCUCAGCGUGACACCGACUCACGAGGACCCAGCGCUCAAGGCCGAGCUGAACAGGCACGUGGCGUUCAUAGACUCCAAGGACUUGCAGGGCCAGAACGGCAAGCUGAACCCCAACGGGGACGAGGACGAUGACGAUGCAGAGGCUGGUUCUCUUAUGAAGGGGAAGAGGAAGAAGUCAGUAGCAGAGUCCAUUAGCUCCGUCUUCUCAGACACUCCCAUGGUAGUCUGAGAUGAGACUGGCACAGACAGCAGACGCCACAUGACUGGAUGUAUGCGGUACAACGUGAGCCACGUUUUAGUUAAAGUAAACUGUGACAGUGGAAGAACGCGGUGGAGGGACGUUCAUCUGUGGUUGCUGGCAAGUGGAAAGAACAAUCUCAAAGGUAUUAAAAAAAACUAAAAACUGUCUUGUUGUCAGAAAGGACAAUAGACAGAACUUUUCCAGCAUUUUAAUCAGUAGCACUUAAUAUUCAUACUGUGAAGGAAUGGCAGUGAGCAUGGACAGUGGAAACUAGAAGUCUUAUGAGAGUAAAACGUAGGUGAUACGCUGUUGAUAUCAGCACUCAGGAAGUGAUACAUUAAACUGCAAAGUGUGGGAAAUACAUACAAUAAAUUGCACAGGUUGUAAUUAGAUUUUUGAAAAAAACAUAAUAGUUCACUCAUGAUAUGUAUUGAAACCAUGGCUGGCUCAUAAUUAUAUUUAUUAAGAAGGAUUAGAAUAGGUUGCAUCUUACAUAAACAUUAGAGCAUAGGUAGAUUUACCCCUCCUAUAUGAACAGAGACUUAGACUGACGUCACCAGGCUGUGUGGUAUUAACCUUGAGUCAUCUAUAGUGAAACAGCAUGCCAUCGAACCACAUUAUUAGAGAUUUUAGACUGAUCUAUACGAGUGGGAGAGAGGAAAAAUGGAUUCUUCAGAUGUUUAGUCAUUUACCUUGAGACUGCAGUAGCACAAAUGUAUUCAGAGGCCAACUAAAGGUCGUUUUCAUCCUACUUCAUAGUUGUCUUAGUUACAAAUUUAAUCAGACUGAUUCGUAGUCAUAGUCAUGUACAGUGAUAUAGGAGACAGCUGUUUUUUCCUUCACCGUGUUAAGGGAUCAAUUUACAUAGAUCUAUGGUACAAAAUUGCUAACCAGCUUGUGGCAGAUCAUUGUUCUUUACAUGAACAAGAGUUGCCUCUUAGUUCCUGCACAUCCACAGUGUAAUCCAAAAGAAACCUUUGCAGCCUUACUCAAUUAAAAAACUUGGAACGCCUCCAACAGACACACAUUAGGUGCAGGGAAAUAUUUUGUAUUGACUAAUUAUCAACAUGUUGCGUGAAUUCUGUAUACACACAGGUGCCACAGUCCUUACAAGGACCAACGUGCUUCUGUUUGUCGUCCACUGAGGUGACAUUUACUGUCGAGUUUGACUCCUCCUAUGGGCCGAGUUGUAGUAUCAGGAAAGUAAAUAUCAAGCCAGUGAUCACAACUGGAACCUUUAAACUACAUCCUGGGAUAUUUUUAAUGUACAAAAAACAAACUUGUAUUCAUAAGUCAUAAAAUUAGUCAUAGAUUUAAGUAUCUGAUCUUACAUUUUGCUCAGAAUAACAGUUCCUGUUCUCAGCGUCACACUUAAAAUGUAGCUGUUCUGCUCUGUGGUAGUAAGAAAAUGAUUUAGUUUGUAUUAGCAGGUAAACAUUUAGAUUCUAAAUAACGGUUCCUCCAGAAAACUAAGCUUAUGAAUAACAUUGCACAUUAUUUGACAGGAAAGCAGGAAAGAGUUAAGAAACACAGAGGGCCUGGAGUCUUUGAAAAGAUCCCUUUGUCUCAGCAUUUAUUAUUGAAUCUAUGGUAAAAUUAAUUCAACAUGCAAGACCUGAUACACCACGCAUGUUUCAUUAACAAUAUUAAAACAGGAGACGGUGUCCCUGCAUAAACAAGAAAGCAAUUUCAGAAAACUGCGUUCAUGUCGUAAUACAACAAGGCUAGUCUGGCAUAAAUGCUAAUUGCAUCUUUUGAUGGGACGUAGCUUCCCUCUGCUUUCCAUGUCUUUGUCUCACCGAGGUGGAGGGGAUCAGUGUGUUAUCAUGAGUCACAGCAGCACAAAGCCUUUCUCUCUGGCUCCCUCUACACUGACAGCCUCAAUUCAGCCCAGAUGCGUUUGUUUGUGUACCUCUGCCAUUAUGAGCCUGCCCUUACUUAAAUUCAAAAGCAAUCAUUCAAUCAGGCCUUUAAUGUGAUGCCCUUUAAGUAGUCUGCAGUUUAUUUAUGAGGGAAACGCCUGAGGCUUUCAUUGAACAUUUGCACUCGAGCUGAGUCAUACGGUCAGGAAGUACCGCCUAAAGCAAGAAUCUCUGCGUUCAAAAACCACCAUGAUAAAAUUUGAUAGUUAUGUAAGUUAUGUAUGCUAGCUCUCUGUUAAUGCUGAGAUGCACACAUUUUUGGGUGCAAUAAGUUUUUACGCAAAAAUUGGUGUAAUUUUCACAGUUGCCGUGCGCACCGCAGCAUCUUCUGUGUGGGUGAGAAAAGGAAGUCACACUCAUCAGAGAGGUGGUGUGUGAAUCAUUCCGCUUUCUCACACAUUGGAAUAUCAGGUGUAGACUUAGAGAGCAGCAAAAAUACCACGACGCACUCAAAUAAAGCCGCAUUUAGCACCGCCGCAGACUGGUCACAGGUGGCCAAGAAUCUGUCACAUUUGAAGGGUCUUGCCCUCUGGAAUCUAAAAUAUACGUGCUGAGAAGCCAAAAUCUAAAACCAUACACAGGUAUUACAGUGAUGGAGUAGCACAAUAAAUUACCAGGUCAUUGUGGAUUAUGUUUUCCCUGCAGUAACCCAGUGUCAAUCCAGUUCAAUCUACUGUGGCUAAUGGGUGGUUGCAGUUCUGUAUAGAGAAAAAACAAAGUGCUAUGGUCCCAACAUACAGGAGAAAAGUGGCUGCGUUCUCUCCAAAGCAAAUCUGCCUUCCUAUAUAUAUAUCUAUAUAUACAGUAUAUAUAUGUAAUGAGACUCACUUUCUGUGUUCAGUAUUGAUUAGUUGUGUACUACUAUGUUCUACCAGUGUAAUGACUGUAUUCUUGUAUAAUCCGAUGUUGUUCAUUUUGCAUUUUGUCCGCCGCUGUGCUACUGUUAGUUGUCUCUACAUUCAAGUCUUGAUAUAAAUGUUUAUUUUUUAAGCAGGGUGGGGUUUAGUUUUUUAUCGAAAGAGGAUGUAUUUCACACUCGACAGGUGAGGAAUAUGGCUAAACGGAGAAUAUAUUUGAUCCUGUAUCAAAAAAAACAAAAAAACUGCAUGGGAAGAGUACCAGUUUUGACCUGAAUAUGAUACAUCCUAAUGGGCAGUGAGUAUGUAGCCGCCAGUAAUAUUCAGUCAGUGUUUGACUUUACUCAUGAAGCCAUAAUCAGUUUAAAAAACAAACACAGCGCUUUAUCAGAUGGAUGUCAUGUGUGAUCAUGAAGGGAGCUCUACGUAGGAUGAUUAAAGCAACAAGUUUUCUGUCUGUAAAAAACUUUAUUUUUAAUAAUAAGUUAAGAAAAAAAGAGCCAGGGAUUUAUUAUAGGGAAAUCAAGAUAAAUCCAUAUAUAACAAGGGGCUCUGAAUGACUUUACAGACAGCGUGCAAUUAAAUCUUCUCAGGACUUUGUCAGUUCUAGUGUAAUAUGAUGUGAAACCUCAUGAUUGCAUUUUCAUAUUUGCAAUAUAUCAAAAAGGCACAAUGUUUGGUUUUGAGAUCCCUGCAGUUUACAGGCCCUUAGCUAUUUACUGUAAUGGUACAUUAACUCAGUUCUCACAGAUUAGGGAGGAGAGCGUUCUCUCACUGCCCGGCACCCAUCUCCAUUCAUCUGACUAUGAAGUAGCAAUUAUGGGAACAUCCAUGAGGUGGUGAGGCUAAAAGCUUGCUGCUUUAACCGAGUGCUACAAACAAGUGUCCGCGGGACACGAAGAGAGCUUUUAAAAGCAUUAAAAGCACUAAGUUUAUUGACCACUGCUUCAAAGAUGAGAUUGUUGGUCACUGCCAGAAAAACUGAAAGGUCUCACAGCGAAAGUGGAAUGGCUUUGCAUGAUAUGCUUAAGAGCUUCUCUGACUGCAGGAUAGGUGCAAACCAGUAGGCAUUAAAGAAAAGGAAUACUGAAAUAUAUCAUUUGACUUAAUAAAAGGAUUGAGAUUUA